GAUCGAGCAGGUGCCUUGUCUGCCUCAGUCCCCCCUACAGGUUGCUGAGCGUUGGCGUGAGUUAGAUCCAACUGAACGAUGGAGGACCGGCCCAGCGAGUUGUCCAUGCUCCCUCGGCGUCUCAGCAGUUCUCAGACGAACCUUUCUAAUGUCUCCGGCCCUGCCCUCACCCGGCCUCAACGUCAUCACUCCGGGUCAUCGUCUCCGCGACGUCUCAGCGGAAAUGUCACACCCGACAUGCUGCCCCGCAAGAAGUCCAUCAACGAACUGACGCCCAACAUGCUGUCUCGGCUCUCGGUUUUCGAACAGCAGGAGGAAGCUGGAGAUUGGAGCGCAGGAGCUGGUCUCGAAGAUGCCAGGCCGCGAGGUCUUCGGAAGUCAAGCAGGGACGGCGUGCACGGCGGUCGCAGGCCUUCGAAAGGGGAGAAUUAUAAAAAGGAACGUCACAGACUGACAAAAGAAGAAAUGGAUCGCGGAGGGGAUCGAAGUUCUGCGCGAGACGGCCGUGGUAUGCCAAUCCGGGAAGAAAGUUUGGAGCGUCGCAGGUCGACAGGGAAAGAAUAUGCAGAUGAUUUACAGAAUUCGUAUGCAGAUGGUUCACCUGAUUCGGAACAAAAUCAGCCUCAGAAAUCCAUUGGCAUCAAAGUCUUCGAUUAUCUCGUUCGAAGAUUCAGCAGCACAGAAGAAAGUUUCCCUCGAGAUGCGUCUGCUGUCAGGCCUCCCGAUUACGCCCCGCAAGACGGAUCGGAAAGCCAAACUUCAGAGAAGGAGGACGACGUUCUGAACGAGGAGCAUCUGAGCUCAACUGGAUACGGUAGACACACUCACAUGCUCGACUCGACACCUUAUGAAACCCAUGACUACUUCUAUGAAGAAAAGGACAGUGAAGUAUAUGCCCUAAACGAUGAACAAGUUUCACUUACUGACUCAACUGAAAUGCUAGAACCUAAAGAAAACAGAAAGAAGACAAUUGAUUCAGAGCUCUUUGGUUUUGUUGUUCGGAGAAUCAAUGAUAUCGAAAAUAUGUCUAACACUGAUACAGAAUCAGAAGGAUUAAUAGACUUUGAAGAUGAUGAUGAUGUACUUAGUAGAUCGGCUAAAGUAACUUCAUAUUACGAAAGCACCCUAAGGCAAAAGGAAAAGGAAAAGGAGACUGCAAAAAGACUUGCUAUUAUUCAAGAUGAGAAUGGAAGGAUUCUGCCAACGAUCGAAAUAGAGGAGGCAGAUCAGUUCCAUGAUAUGCCUGAUUUCAGGACCAGAGCAGCGGGUCACAAGAAGAAGAAAACGUCCAUGGCCAAGGGCAUCCUGAACUAUCUAUUCCGGAAUCGGAUAUCAGACCUCGAAGCAGCACCAGUCAGUGAAGCCUCACCUGUUGAAUCCCGUGUCCUGGAAAGUCCCUCCUCCAAAGCGGAAGAGGCUGUCCGCGAUUUCCUUGCCGAGAGCUGCGUCGCAAAUCCUCUUCCUGAAGUCAGCGAGGGCGGCGUGGUAAAAGCCGAGGUCCCUUCUGCAUACGAAGGCCACGAUGAAGACUUAGCGAAAGAUUCUGAUUUAGUAUCAAGCACGACAGAGGAGGAAAAUGUUCGAUCAAGCGAAUCUUUCACACUGCGGCUUUUGAAGUGGACUGUCGGCAUGAUGCCCAAAGCACAGCCAGAUGACUACCCAAACACUCCAACGAAUCCAGACCAGCCAGAUGACAACCUCAAAGAGACUAACGAAAAGCUCAAACCCGAAGUCAUUCCCGAAGAGGCAGAGGGACCCUUGGAUGAAGACGAAAGCUUGGCACAGAAAUCUGACAUGAAUGCCAAUUUCUUGGAGCAGAAUCAGUCUGACGACAGAGACUUAGUGAUUCUUGUAAUGUCACUUAUUCUUGUCGUUUAUAUCUUGACAUUAUAAGCGCUGUCGCAAUUUUUCAGCCUAAAUGGACGUGAAGCACAAUCUACAAUGAAAGAUGAUAGCGCUACAGUAGAAGCAUAUUCAUUUUAUACAUAUUUUACGUAUAUCAAUAUACUGCUUUUUUCUAUUUUAUGAGCUAUUCAUUAAACUAUAUCACAUCGCAUUUUUUUUACAGAAUAAUAUAACAUUUCAUGUAUUCUAGAUUCUAUAUAUCAUAAUCAUAUAUAAUCAUAACCCAGAUGAUUCCUAACUUUUGUUUGUGAUAGUGUUGGUAGAGUGGCUUAUAAUUACAUGCAUUCACAUGACUUAUGCCACAUAAUUUUACAGUUCCUUUAUGUAAUAUAAUUGUAUCAUCUUGAUGUAGAAGCCAGCGAUAUAUAUCGCUGCACUAGUAAUAUAAACUCCAUAUGUCCUGAAAAUUUGUAUAACACCUCAUGAAAAUGCAUUUCAUAAGUUGAUAUGAUAAAGUAUCACAUUAGUGUUUCAAUUAGCUUUACACCCUA